GAGAACCGGGGCUCGCCGCGAGCCUUCGAGAGCAGCGGCCGCUGAGGAGGCGGCGGCGGCGGCGGCGGCGGCAGAGGCUCGAGCCAGCCGCGCGCGCAUCCCCGGGCGCCCUGCGCGGCGGAGAUCUCGGCGGGCCGCGGGAGCCCAGGACGGGACUGGACAAAGCAAGAUGGCAGGAAUCUUAGCCUGGUUCUGGAACGAGAGGUUUUGGCUCCCUCACAAUGUCACCUGGGCGGACCUGAAGAACACGGAGGAAGCCACCUUCCCGCAGGCUGAGGAUCUCUAUCUCGCCUUCCCCUUGGCCUUCUGCAUGUUAAUGGUACGGCUCAUCUUCGAGAGAUUUGUAGCCAAACCAUGUGCCAUAGCCCUCAACAUUCAGGCCAAUGGACCACAAAUUGCCCAGCCAAAUGCCAUUCUGGAAAAGGUUUUUACUGCAAUUACAAAGCAUCCUGAUGAAAAGAGAUUGGAGGGCCUCUCCAAGCAGCUGGACUGGGAUGUUCGCAGCAUUCAACGCUGGUUCCGACAAAGACGCAACCAGGAGAAGCCAAGCACACUGAAGAGGUUCUGUGAGAGCAUGUGGAAAUUUUCAUUUGGCCUUUAUAUAUUUACCUAUGGAGUCCGGUUCCUGAAAAAGACCCCCUGGCUGUGGAAUACAAGGCACUGCUGGUACAACUACCCCUAUCAGCCACUCACGCCUGACCUUCACUACUAUUAUAUCCUGGAGCUGUCGUUUUAUUGGUCUUUAAUGUUUUCCCAGUUCACUGAUAUCAAAAGAAAGGACUUUGGCGUUAUGUUCCUGCAUCAUCUUGUAUCUAUUUUUUUGAUUACCUUUUCAUAUGUCAACAACAUGGCCCGAGUAGGGACCCUAGUCCUCUGUCUCCAUGAUUCAGCCGACGCUCUUCUAGAGGCUGCCAAAAUGGCAAAUUACGCCAAGUUUCAGAAAAUUUGUGAUCUCCUGUUUGUUAUGUUUGCCAUGGUUUUUAUCACCACACGACUGGGUAUAUUUCCUCUCUGGUGUCCAAGGACGAUCGAAGCGAUAUUGAGUCUAGCUCAGAUGAGGAGGACUCGGAACCUCCAGGGAAUAACCCCCAUGCUGCGACCACCACCAAUGGGACCAGUGGUACCAACGGGUAUCUUCUCACUGGCCCUUGCUCCAUGGAUGAUUAAUUACUCAAAACUACAAGUCCCAAAUAAAGUGAACUGUUUGUUCCUGGAAGUAUUUAAUAAGUUGCAAAUGCAGUUCCUUUCAUAAUCUCUCAGCACCAGAAACAAAAAUUAGGAUUAUCAAAGCAUUUUGAAUAGUGCACUGCCAUAUGUCCUGUCUGUGAAUGAGGAAGAAUUACCAUUCUGUAUAUGUAGGCAUGCUUUAUGUAAUUGGCACAAGGGAACAGUAUUUGCAUUUGUACUGUCUUAGAAUAUUAUUUAUUUUUUUGUAUUUGUUUGUGAAUCUGUGGACAAAAGAGGGUUUCCUCUCUCCUUUUACUCUCUGGGUUCAUGACAGUGAGGGAGACACUCCAUCUGCUUCUAUCCCUUUCUAUUCCCCUAAGCCAGUCCGCUAGGAGCAUUAGCUUAAUUGGUCACUUAGAGCAAGCAAAUCCCAGCGCAGGAUUCUCGUACAGCUCCAAAUAGGUUUGCUUUCUUUGUGUUACAGUGCCUGUUUCGAAAUGGCCUGUACAGUCUCAGUGAGCUUUCUCCCAGUGUAAAGUUGAAACAGGAUGAGCUCAGUUUUGUAAUUGUCACUCUUCGUGGUCAAUUAGCUGUUGCAAUUAAAGGGUGUGGUUAUUGGAGGACUUAAAAAAUGUGUUUUGUAUUAAAUUGCUUUGGAUUAGGUGUCAUUUCUUAUUCGCACAGCCAAGAUUCCUUCAGUGAGAAUGGCAGCUAGCUGGGGAUUAACUUUGGAGGUGACAGAGAUUUUUUUAUUCUCUAUUACGGGGUCAGUGCUCUGGCUCUGAAGGAAGACUUAAGGUCAUGUUUACAAACAAAGAAGUCACUCUUCCUACUGAGAAUUUGUCCCAUGAUCUGAGAAUAAUACAAAGAGAGCAGCAGAUUUCAACCAGGUUUUACCACUACCCCUGUAAUUAGCACCGUCUUUUGCCAUGUCAUGAAAGAAAGACGCUAAGUAUAUUUUGGGACAGAAAAAGGAGACUUCCAAGAGUUGGCAAAAGUCACUUCUAAUACAAAGCACUUUACCGCAACCAGCUUUCAAGAAAGCGCCCUAUCUAGUAUUUGAUCUUGAUGUCUUUAUUUUUCUGAGCAAAAUAAAGCCAAUGGGAGAAAGACCAUUUUACCCUUUGUCUUUUCUCCUUAAACAUAACCCAUAACAUAACAGAAUUUCCUGUUACUAGAAACUGAGCAGUGUUACAGUCUAAGUCCUUUUGUUUGCUUCUUUGAAGAACUUGCUCAGUUUCCAGGAAUUUUUGUUCAAAGGGAGCUAUUUCCAGAAAAAAAAAAAAAACAAUAAAAAUUCUACUCAGCAAUGAGAAAGAUUACUGAAAAAAUAAGUUUCCAUAGUCUCCUAUAGGGCAGUGUUAUUUAUGUAUAGAUAAGAAAACCAUACACAUAAACCAAAGAUUUUAUCUCAUUUCUUAAAACCAGCUUUUAGUAAGAGGGAAUAAAAAGGUAUUAUAAAUACUUAUUUCAUAAAUCAGAAAGACCGUCUUCUAAAAAAAAGAGUCCCAAACCACAAUGCAGUGAUAUCAAUGUGCAAGUCAGGGCUAGUGAAGGGAACAGCAAAAUACUAGGAGACGCAUGUCCUGCUCAAAACCAUUCAUAUUCAAUUCAAUUUUUUAAAAAAUUGAAGUAAAGCUUUGUGCCCACAGUGUGCAACAUGAGUGUUAAUACUUCCAAACAAAAACCUCACACUGUAAUGUUAACUCUUUUCCCACCUAUUUAUAAAAUAGUGUGUUUUUGGUAUGGUCCAUAGUAAUGAUUGAAGAGCCUUGGAAAUAUGUCUGCUUGUUUAUUGAAGAAACAGUAUAACUAACUCUUCAUGUAAAGCCUUAUUAUUUUAUUUCACAGAACAGGGAUAUGUCUAGGAGUGUAAUUUGUGGAUGGUCACGUUUGUAAGACCGAUCAUUAAAUACCAAAUAUACUUGUUAAGUCAUCUGGACAUCUGCUAAAAUGCAGAUAUAUAAAAAGUAAACAGCAUGCGUGUUAUAGCUGAAAAUUUUUUAGAAGGUGAAAGUUUCUUAUCAGCUAAAAUAUGGAACAGAAGAAUGACUCGUGCCUUGCUUUAGUGUCUAGAGCAAGUCCCCUGAUGGGUGAAAUAAACCAGAGAACCACAGUGUGUUCAACUUUGGAUCAUCUGACACUUUUAGCACAGAAAAAUAAUUUCAGAAGAUCAGCUUGUAAAUUAAAGGUUUAGAAGAUUUGCAUGAAAUGAAGAAAAUUAAGUCUGUCCUUAGCCAAGACAUCUGAACAAUCUUUUGUUUUUCCCAAAAGUCACUUAGAAGGAUUGAGAAUUCUCAGAGCCUCUCUGACCAAUGGCAGUAACUUAACACAGUCCUCUAUGUAUCUGUGGAUUUUUAUUUCAUUUUACAUUUUUUUUUUUUUUUUUUUUUCUUUUUGCGGUAUGCGGGCCUCUCACUGUCGUGGCCUCUCCCGUUGCGGAGCACAGGCUCCGGACGCGCAGGCCCAGCGGCCAUGGCUCACGGGCCCAGCCGCUCCGCGGCAUACGGGAUCCUCCCAGACCGGGGCACGAACCCGUAUCCCCUGCAUCGGCAGGCGGACUCUCAACCACUGCGCCACCAGGGAGGCCCUCAUUUUACAUUUUAAGGCAAAGAGUUCUUUUUGACUAAUCAGAAUGGUGUUUGUAGGGCUUUUGAGAUGAAGAAUAAUAUAUCUUGUCUACUGCUCUCCCAUGGUGGCCUGAUAAGGCUGAGAGAGGAAAAUAUGUGAGAUAGCCUAUCUUCUACCUGUGCCAAGCCAUAGCUUUGGAAGUGGAUUUUGUAAAGUAAACUGUAGGUAGUAAGAGUGUUGUUUCCCAUUGAUUAACUUAGCCUGUCCUGGUCAUAUUCAAACCUUCCCAAGGUACAAAGAGAUAUGUAGGAAGGAGUCUAGAAAAGGUAAUAUCUUAUUCUCCAAUUCUAUAGCUUUUGUAGAUUGGCUAGAGGGAGAAAAGUAGAAAAUCAAGUAGAAUUUGGCCUUGGGUCAAUAAAUGAUAUAAAAAUGUGUGAUCUAUGUAUGUACCUGUAUGUUUCUCAAAAACACGUGAUAAAACCAAAAUAUCACUGACUGGUCCUUAUCCAUAUUCUUUUCAUGGAAACCAUCUACCAUGUGCAAUAGAAACUUCCCACCUCCUUCUCCACUUCCUGUUCAUGGCCCCCUGACAGCUGAGAGUGGUAGACUCCUUCAGCCUCUUUGUCUCAGAGCUAAGAUCAUGGAGGCCCUAAAGUCAGCAUCUAAGUAGUUCCCAUUUCCAAACUAAGUGAUACGAAUGUUGAGAAUGGGGGAGCAACUACUUUGGAUUAUUAAACUAAGUGUUGGAAAAAAUGCACAUGAUUUCUGCUUCACCCCAGGAUUUUAUUAACAUCCAACUCCUGCUAGGCUGCUAGACAGAUGGUAUCCUGAGGUACCAUCAGAUAAUGACACAGGCAUCUAACAAAAAUGAACUAUGAAAAACAGAUAGGCUCUCCAAAGAAAACAAGCAAUUGGAUGAGAGAAAUAACUCUUUAGUGGGAUAAAAUCAGGUCACCUUUAGCCAAAAUGGUGGGUAAACCUCAAAAUGUCCAGUUCUGUUACCAAACUUUCCGUUCUGAGUAUUGGAUAGCGUUUGAAUUUGAGCAAACUAAAUGCUUGCACCUUGGGUAGAAAGGGCCUGAAUCUUCCACUCUAUAUUUUUCAACCUCAUUUAUCUGGGCCAAAGUAAAAAAAUCACAUUUCAUUCCAAGUUACCUGAGUCUUUACAAAAGAGCUCUUCCAAGAGAACUUUAUGGACACCCAUGAUUGUUCCCAAUCUAUUCAUGAUUUUUGCAUUGGUAGUUAUUUUUGUCCCCUUCUUGGAGAUGUUAAUGCCAAAGUUGCCUGAGUAUUUGAGUAUUUUUUUCUUAAUUUGAAGUAUGAAAAGUAUACAGAAUAAUUCUGAAGGUAUUAAAUAAUUCUCUUUAUCAGUAUGUGUGAUGAUAUCAUUAUGUCCAAAGAGGUUUCAAGAAAUCCUUUGGAAAUAAGAGGUUAAAUGUUUACAUUUCGUGUGCUAUUUGAGAUCUUAAGGUUCUAAUUAGCUUACUUUUUUUACUUUGUCUUUGGCUGAUUCCUGCUUUGUAGAUAAAUAUUAGUAGCCCUGAAAUGUUCCUAACGUUAACAUAAGAAAAGAUCAAAUGAGAUCAAAGUCUGCACUUGUGUGCUGUCCAUGGAAGGAGUACUGUCAGUCACAAACAGUUCACGCAAAAUGCAGCAAGGUAUUUUUUUAAAUGAAGUUAUUGUUGUCCCCAGAGUAGGGAUAAGUUUCUCUUGGUUAAAUGAAAUUGUACCAUUAUCAAAUUACCAGUUAGUAAUUAGCACUGGUUCGCUGUGGCCACAUUUUAAUUCUUCAUUAGUAAUAGGCCAGAAAAAGGCCCUGUGGUUUGCAUUUGUAUGCAUGGUCCCCUCCCGUCCCCUAGGGGGCGCUCAGUAGAUGCCGAGGAGGCCUGUUCACUGGUCCACUCUAUGCUGUUGGAACACCUCUAACAUGCGCUCAGAGGGAGCAUACCUGCUGCUGGUUUUUAUGGAGAAAAUUGUGUUAGGGAACGUAAAACAUCAUAAGUAACUGUUAAUAAGAUCUGUAGACCCCCAAAGGAGAACUUUAGUCUUUCCAACGUGAGUUCAACCUGAAGCCUUUGAAAGGAGCACAUUACCAAAUGCCCACAAGCUGAGACCCCAUCCGAUCAAAGUCUCUGCAGGCAGACGGCCCAUCAUAUGGUGUCUCCACAAGACUAGACAGUCUCAAGAUUGCCCAGGAAGCAAUGGGAGGGGACCACUAGCCUAAGAUCUGUCUUGUUUAUCUUUCACUCACAUUCCUUUAAGUCUCCUGGGACUGUUAAUAAAAGGAAGCCAGAAUAUUGUCACUUAUCUGCUGUCAAUUUCCCAGUAGCCUUUAGAUCAGUUGUGUACCAUACUUCCUUCUAUGCCUGAUUCCAUUUUUCCUAAAAAAUAUUGUGCCCAUGUGAGCCUGUUUUCCUUAACACAAGUCCAUGAAAGCUUGGCUUCCUAUUUCGAUAUAUGUUGCAUGGCCUGGAAACUAGGGAACAACAGCUGUUGGUAUGAUUUCUAUGUUAAGUGAAAAAUUAGAUUUUAUAAAGACAUCUUUUUUUCUUUCGGAUCUACAGUAAUUUUUUAAAACUGUCAUUGUAAAAUUGCUCUUAAAAAUUAGGGGUUUUUAAAGAUUAGUUGCCAAAGAGAAAUUAGCUCUGUAAUAGGAACAGUUAUGUGGUGAUUCUGGAACUUAGAGCUUCAUUAAUUUAAACAUGGAAAACACCCUCCAAGUUUGAUUUCCCAAAAUUUCAUAAAGCCUCUAAGCUCAUGAUUUUCAUCACCUCUUUACCCACAUGAUCAGUUACCUCCAUAGCCAUUUGGUGUCAUGCAAGGGGAAGGUGGUUAGUUUGGGGAUUUGAUUUUUUUCAACUUGCCGUGAGAAAUAGAAUAGGUGACAAAACCUUUACUUGUUAAGACAAUUCAGCACUUGAGCAUCUCUGUCAGAAAUGGAAUGAUGUACUGUUAGCCAAUUAGAAUUAUUUUAUGUAUUGUUAUUAUGUUUUGCUGAUUUUUAUAUGAAAAUAUAAUUAUUCAUUCUUGAUCCCUGGAAGCAAUCAUUGUAAUGAGGAUCAUUUUACUUUGAAAACACUUUCAUAAUAAAGAUAAGUAUUAAGAGUACAGUGUAAAUGCCCUUUUCUGUAAGCACUACCGAGCUUGUGUUGGUAAUAUGUCACAUCUUCCAGGACAAGAUUUAUCCUCACAUCAUCCUAUGAGUUUCUUGUAAGCCUCCUCAAACCCCAGUAGUCGCUAUGAUUACAAAAAAGGAUGUAAUAUUUAUACGUUCCAUAUAAUGUUCUAUUUAUAUGUUAUUUUGUCGAGAAUUUAGCUAAGCUACUUGAUGGUGGUGU